AGCGCUUGGCAAAAGUUGGCUCGGUGCAGACUGCCGGGCGCUAUUGCUCGCUUAUCCAGCCGCGGGGGUGGUUGUGUGCUCCACCGCUGCUAUUAGCUCUCCCUUGUGCACUUUGCAGCGAGCGGCUUACAUAUAGUACUUGCUUGUUCCAGAGACAAAGUGUGCCGUAAUUUUCUCUCCUCUCUCUUCUCUCUUCUUUCUCUAUACCUAUCUGUACUUUUGUGUAUUUAUAUUUUGCGACGUCUGACCAGCAGUGUUUACGUAUCGCGCGUGUUUAUACUUUCAGUGUUUUCCGACCUUUGCAGAAAAAUAAAUUUGCAAAUGCGACUCGCGCAGCAGUGAGUAAUUUUAUAGUUGCCACGCGCACAAUUGCAGCCAAAAGUGUCGUUGAUCGCAAGUAAUCGCUUGCAUCGUCGUCAUGCAGAGAGUUUCGUUGCGCGAGUCCCAGCUCGGCCCUUAAAACAUUGUUGGAGCUCGUCGAGUGCCACGCAAAUUGUACCGAAGAUAUUUGUCGUAACGAGUGCGCGAGUCGUGCCGAGCAGUGUGCCGAGUAAUAAUUAAAAAUUAAGCAAGAAUAUUCGCGUAAAAAAGAAAGAGCUCGGCAAGUGUGAUAAUCGAAAGGAGAGAGGCAUGAUAUCGGUGGCCACGACGACGAGCCUGCAGCAGCAGCAGCCUCAACCACAGUCGCAGGAACCGCCGCCACCACCUCCACCGCCGCCGCCACCGCCUCCGCAGAGCAUGGACUCGACUACGCAGUUGAUCGACUGCAGCAGCACGGCCAGCGACAGGCCCUGCAGCAAGACCACCGACGUCAAGCCCCAGGGCCUCAAGUCCCUAAGAGGCUCGCAGUCGUACAACAGCACACCGCGACACAGUAUCGACGCGAUUCUGGGACUGGCGGCCGAUGCAGCGGCGGCUGCUGCGGCCCAUCAUCACCAGCAGCAACAGCAGCAGUUGCAUCAACAGCAGCAGCAGCAGCAGCAGCAACAACAGCAACAGCAACAACAGCACCAACAGCAGCAACACAGUCAAGUUUCCGAGAGCAGAAAGCGAAAGAGUUAUCCCGACAUGGACGAACAAAGUCAGCAGAGCUGCAAAGAGUCGCAGGAUAAUACCGGCGAGAGCAGCAACAACUCGACGGGCGGGGGGAGCGACGACGAGCUCUGCCACGGCAUGCAGGACGACUGCAACUCCGGCAAGAAGAAGCACCGGCGCAACAGGACGACCUUCACCACGUACCAGCUGCACGAGCUCGAGCGAGCCUUCGAAAAGUCACACUAUCCCGACGUCUACUCGCGGGAGGAGCUCGCCAUGAAGGUCAAUCUGCCGGAGGUCCGAGUACAGGUCUGGUUUCAAAAUCGCCGAGCCAAAUGGCGUCGCCAGGAGAAAAUGGAAGCUGCCCGACUCGGACUCAGCGAGUACCACCACGCGGCAACCAUAAGGUACAAAAUAAACGUCGGCGGCACGAGCAUCGGUCUGACGGCCGACCCCUGGCUGCACCCUGGCGGUCUGCUGAACGCCUUGCCGGGCUUCUUGGCGGGUCCGCACGCCGGAUACGCCAGCUACCUCACGUCCCCGAGGCGGCUGCCGUCGCCUCCCCCCGUAGCGCCCGGCGGCAACGCGGCCCUAGCUGGAGUGCUCAGCGGCGGCAUGGCCAGUCUGGUGAGCGCCUCGGUCCAGCCCCCGGGCAGUCCGCCGGGUGGCGGCUCCGCUGCAUCGGUGUCCAUCUCCGCAGCCCACGACCCGCGAUCGUCGAGCAUCCAGGCGCUACGUCUGCGCGCCAAGGAGCACGUCGAGCAUCUCACCAAAAACAUGCAGCAGCACCUGCAGAGGCGGUCCUGCAGCCCGACGGGCCGCGACGACGCCCCGACCUCCUACGUGCCCGUCUCGUGAAAGACCGAGCGCCACCACCAGCUCCAAGACGCUUAGGACUUUUGAGCGGCACGACGUCUUGUGCCAUGAAAUAAUGCGGCUCCUUCGCAGGCCGAGAGACUAUUAUCGAUCGGCGCAGCGACGCGACGCGACGACGGAUCGUUGUUUCACCGUUGUUUGCGGCGAAUCGAAAGCUCGACGCGCGCCUGUGAUUGUGCUUGCGAGGAGGACCUUCGGACGCCAUCUCAGCGAUCCAAUUUGGAUCGUUCGACUACAAGCAGCUUUUUCAAUAAAUGAAUUACGUGUGCGAUUACCUAAGAUGUGUGUACAAUAGUCAGUUGUCUUCGCAAAGCUGACUCGAAAUUAUCUGCAUCUUGUCAAAUAUUGCACGCCACAGACUACUUUUGCUCUUAUGUACUUGUAUGAUUCGGUGCAAUGUUCCGUCGCGCGCAAUUGUAAAUCUGAUCGUUGAAUGCCAUAAACGCUUCAUGUACUAUGUCGCCGAUUCAAGAAAGGGCAGCUUUUUCAAUGUACCGAAUAAAAAACAAAAUAUUAUUGUGCUUUCGUUGCGUCGAGUAUGCAAAUGAAAAUUUACCGCGAGAUUGUAAUAACUCUGCUACAGAGAGAAGAAACUUGACUGUAAAGCAAUUUGCAAUUAUAUGGUCUCUUGGAGGGCUCGACAAAAACCCUUGAAUGUAACAUUUAAAACUCGUAUUGAUCUCCUUGUCGAAUCUAAUUUCGUGUGAAUAUAUUUUUGUUGUUGUUGUUGGAAUGGCUGAGACAAUCACCAUGUAAAUAGAAUGUGUGUGACUCUUGUGUCUGUAAAGGUGCUACUCGUGCACCUAUCCUCAAGACACCUAUACUUUUAAGGGUGAAUGCAUUGAUUGUGUAGACAAGCGUCGUCGUCGGAACUUGCGCGACCAAAACCUGCAUUAAGGACAAAACAAAAACUGUAUACCAUUACUGGCGUAUUAUAACAAAAAAAACCUAUUAAUUAAAAUAAAUUAAACUAGACCUAUAGCGUUUAAAAGUGAUACUAUAUAAUAGCCAUUAUUUCGCGAAGAGAGAGAAGAGUUGGUGAUCGCUGCGACGACGCAGCCGAGUUUCGUCGGAGGCGUGAACAGUGUACUAUAUAGACGUUAUAAUUCGAUUCGAGCCCGAGCGAUCGACCGGGCGAGUCGGAGGUCACCUAAUAAUUCGUUAGCCUAGCUACAAUGUAUAGCCGUAAUAAGAAAUGAGUGUUGAGCAUGAAACAAAACAAAAAAUAGUCAAAAAAGAAAAAUAAUACUGAUAAAACGAUACUUGCUUCGGGGUACACGGACGGUGUUUUUUGUAUUCUUUGUAUCGAGUCGAUUGUUGAGCAUUUUCUCGCUGAGCAGUGCACUCGAUCCGUAUCGAGUAUACACCUAGAGAGCGAGUACAGGUACUAAAUCGAACAAAUUGCCACAUGGUCGAGUAAAAAACUGUAUGUAAGUGAUUCGUUUCUAUGCGCAACUCGAGCGACUACGUAAACAAAAAAUAUUAUAGCGACACACA